AUGUCCUACUACUUUAUCAUUUUAUCACCAACCGACUCGCCACUCUUCAGCCAGGCCUUUGGUACAUCAAAAGGGGGUGGUGAUGGCGUCCCAAGAUUCCGCUUCCCUGACGGCUCAAGAUUCAUGAACCAGUUCAUCGUCCAUGCCAGUCUGGAUAUCGUAGAAGAAGUACAGUGGACUAAUGGCGCCAUGUAUCUCAAGCAUAUCGAUACCUAUCCUCCCGCAUCAGCCUACGUCUCCGCCUUCCUAACCGGCUCCGGCGUACGCUUCCUCCUGCUCCAUCAGCCUCUUCAGCCCUCACCCUCUACAGCCCUCGCCGGCACCAGCCGCGCGUCUUCCUCGUCGAUUGCGAAUAAUCCCACAUCUCCACAGACCGAAGAGGCAAUACGCCAGUUCAUGAGCGAAGUGUAUGAAAAUUGGGUCAAAACUGUCAUGAGCCCAUUUUACCAAAGGGGAAAGGACAUUACAAGCCCUGUAUUUCGAAGCAGGGUGCUAGCGGCGGGGAAGAAGUGGUUAUAA